CCGGGCUCCUCCCCGCUCGGGCGGGCGCUCAGCCGUGUCCACGCCCGUCAGCCCGACCGGCCCGGCUGGCCGCAGACCGAGCCCGGGCGGCCGCACGGGGAACUCUCAGCCAGCGGGCGUCGAGAGGCGGAUCCCGGGCCCCGACCGGGACGGGCCGAGCCGAGCAGGCGGCGGCACCAUGUUCUCGCUCAAGCCGCCCAGACCCACGUUCAGGUCCUACCUCCUGCCGCCGCCCCAGACUGACGAUAAUAUUAAUUCAGAACCGAAGAUUAAAAAACUGGAGCCCGUUCUUUUGCCAGGAGAAAUUGUCGUAAAUGAAGUCAAUUUUGUGAGAAAAUGCAUCGCAUCGGACACAAGUCAAUACGAUUUGUGGGGAAAACUGAUAUGCAGUAACUUCAAAAUUUCCUUUAUUACGGAUAAUCCAGUGCCAUUACAGAAAUUCCAUUAUAGAAACCUUCUUCUUGGUGAACAUGAUGUCCCUUUAACAUGUAUUGAGCAAAUAGUCACAGUAAAUGACCACAAAAGGAAGCAGAAAGUCCUGGGCCCAAACCAGAAGCUGAAAUUUAAUCCAACAGAGUUAAUUAUUUACUGUAAAGAUUUCAGAAUUGUGAGAUUUCGCUUUGAUGAAUCAGGUCCUGAAAGUGCCAAAAAGGUAUGCCUUGCAAUAGCUCAUUAUUCCCAGCCAACAGACCUCCAGCUACUCUUUGCAUUUGAAUAUGUUGGGAAAAAAUACCACAAUUCAGCCAGCAGAGCUAAUGGAAUACCCUCAGGAGGUGGAGGCGGCGGUGGCAUUGGAGCUGGGGGUGGCAGCAGCCAGAAAACUCCGCUGUUUGAAACGUACUCAGACUGGGACAGAGAAGUCAAGAGGACAGGUGCCUCCGGGUGGAGAGUUUGUUCCAUUAACGAGGGCUACAUGAUAUCUACCUGCCUUCCAGAGUACUUUGUAGUGCCAAGUUCUUUAGCAGACCAAGAUCUAAAGAUCUUCUCCCAUUCUUUUGUUGGAAGAAGGAUGCCAUUCUGGUGCUGGAGCCACUCGAACGGCAGUGCUCUUGUGCGCACGGCCCUCAUAAAAGACGUGCUGCAGCAGAGGAAGAUCGACCAGAGGAUUUGUAAUGCCAUAACUAAAAGUCAUCCACAGAGAAGUGAUGUCUACAAAUCAGAUUUGGAUAAGACCUUGCCCAAUAUCCAAGAAAUACAGGCGGCUUUUGUAAAACUUAAGCAACUGUGUGUUAAUGAACCAUUUGAAGAAACUGAAGAGAAAUGGCUGUCUUCACUGGAAAAUACACGGUGGUUAGACUAUGUAAGGGCAUUCCUUAAACAUUCAGCAGAACUUGUGUAUAUGCUGGAAAGCAAGCGUCUGUCUGUAGUCUUACAAGAGGAGGAGGGAAGAGACUUGAGCUGUAUUGUAGCUUCUCUUGUUCAAGUGAUGCUGGAUCCCUAUUUUAGGACAAUCACUGGAUUUCAGAGUCUGAUACAGAAAGAGUGGGUCAUGGCAGGAUAUCCAUUCCUGGACAGAUGCAACCACUUAAAGAGAUCGGAGAAAGAGGCUCCCGUGUUCCUGCUGUUCCUGGACGCCACGUGGCAGCUGCAGGAGCAGUGCCCAGCAGCUUUCGAGUUCUCCGAGACCUACCUGGCGGUGCUGCACGACAGCACCCGUGUGGCCCUGUUCGGCACCUUCCUCUUCAACUCCCCGCACCAGCGCGUGCAGCAGAGCUCGGAAUUUGCUAUAAGCAAAAAUAUCCAAUUGGGUGAUGAAAAGGGUUUAAAAUUCCCCUCAGUUUGGGACUGGUCUCUUCAGUUUACAGCAAAGGAUCGCACCCUUUUCCACAACCCCUUUUACAUUGGAAAGAGCACGCCUUGUGUACAAAACGGUUCUGUGAAGUCUUUUAAACGGACAAAGAAAAGCUACAGCUCCACACUAAGAGGAAUGCCAGCUUCCUUAAAGAAUGGAAUCAUCAGUGACCAAGAGUUACUUCCCAGGAGAAAUUCAUUAAUAUUAAAAGUAAAGCCGGACCCCCCUGAGCAGAGCGACAGCCAGGACAGGGGUGCGGAGCAGUACUUCCGAGAGUGGUUCUCCAAGCCGGCCGACCUGCACGGGGUGAUUCUGCCGCUUCUGUCCGGAAUGCACAUCAAACUGUGGAAACUCUGCUACUUCCGCUGGGUCCCCGAGGCCCAGAUCCAGCGCGGGGGCUUCAUCACGGCCUUCCACAAGGUCUCCCUGCUGGCGGACGAGGUGGACGUGCUGAGCAGGGCGCUGCGGCAGCCCCAGGGCAGCCCCCUGGAAGCCCCCUGCCCCGAGCUGGUCCAGAGCAGGCUGUACUUCCGCGCUGGCGGCCCGCACGACGCCCCGGGGACACCGGACUUCCUCUCGUCCUCGUUCCCCUUUUCCCCAGUGGGCAAUCUGUGCAGACGGAGCAUUUCAGGGACACCGCUAGGCAAGUUUUUAAGUGGGGCCAAAAUAUGGUUAUCUACUGAGACACUAGCAAAUGAAGACUGAGGCGGAGUGGCUUUCUGAACGUCCUGAGGGAGCGAGAGAACUUCUCUGAAGUAAAACUGCUGGCCGAGGCGUUUGAAGCUCUAAUCGUUCUAUACGUAAGAAUAACAGUUGAAAUUUGCACUAAUACUUUAAAACAUGUUGAAUUAUGCUUCCUUCACAAUAUUUUUAAAAGAUAGGCAUAACUUUUGUUAUUUAUGUCCUCUUUCUAUCAUUCUAGGUCUGGCUCAUUUUUAGAUCAUUUGCAGGCAGACAUUCCCACGACCUUAUUACUGUGGUCAAACUAAACAGGUUUUGUCUGCGACAUUUAUUUUGUCCACAUCCAUUUUUCCAGCCACCUUCUAAAGGUUCCCUGAUCCUCAGCUGGAUUAGCAGCCCAGAGAAGCAGACAUCAGGAGGGUUAAGAAAUUAGUGUUUAGUAUAUUUUCAAGAAGCAUCCAGUAAACCCCCAGUGGGCGUUAGUAGGUAUUUGUGUAUUUAUCUGGUCACUUUCUAUUAUCUCUAGUUGAGCUCACCUGAGAGUUGUGUGUUCUCACACUGUAAUUUAUUUUAGAUCACUUUGGGACCGUAGAUCACUGUUUUAAAAUCAUGAGUUUCCUUAGGACUAACUUUAAAAUGAUAUGCACUGUUGACUUUAAAAGCAUUUGCUAUAGAUAAUUAAUUAAAUUUAGAAGUGCCUUUGACAUUAAUAUUAAGAUAUGAAGAACACAGAGUAAAACAGAAUUUGUUUUUUAAAUUAGGGUGUCAAAGUCCCCCUGCACAUUGGAAAGAGGCUGGUCACCCUCAGCAUAGUACCGACAGCCAGGGGUCCCCAGAGGCACACAUCCCUCUGAAAGUCACCGAACACAGUGGGUGUGAGGCAGGGUCCGGGUCGUGCGGCAGCAUCACUGACACCCACUCAAAGUAGAGGCCCCGUCAGAGUCCAGUGGGGAGCACUCCUGGGGCACUUUCCCGUGGAAAUCAGUGAUGAGGUCUUGAGUCAGGUCACCUGAGUGCUUAGUGCUUAGGAAGGGAGGACAGGAGAGUAACAACAGACUUCUCUCAAAAUACUGCCACUGAGGGGCUUCCCUGGUGGCGCAGUGGUUGAGACUCUGCCUGCCGAUGCAGGGGACACGGGUUCGUGCCCCGGUCCGGGAAGAUCCCACGUGCCACGGAACGGCUGGGCCCGUGAGCCAUGGCCGCUCAGCCUGAGCGGCCAGAGCCUGUGCUCCGCAACGGGAGAGGCCACAACGGUGAGAGGCCCACGUACCGCAAAAAAAAAAAAAAAAAAAAAAAAAAUACUGCCACUGUACCAAAUGGUGAGAGCACCCCGCCCCACCCAACCUAUGACAGGUGUUCAGAGGCGCAGACAGGUGUGCUCUCGUCUCAAAUUCCCGUUUUCGGGUUGUGUCACAAGAACCGAGCCAAAGCUGUGGGCCAGAGCUGGAGCUUACUGUGGCCAUGCCAGUCACAGCCCCCCCUGACACCCCUCACUUCUGUGUAAAAGAUGGGUGUCUUCAAUGUAGCUGUUAUUUAGAGUUUCUUAAACUGCCAUCUUAAGCUUUUUAAAAAACGUUUAUAGUAGAGUAUCUAGUUAGCUUAUGUCCUUUUCUAAAACAAGUUUUUUCAAAACAGUGUGUUUUACCUUUAUAUGUAACAAAUAGAUGUUUCUAUUUGAAUUAUUUGCCUUUUAAAAAUGGUUGGAUAAUGUCUCUGAACUUACAGGGACAGAAGUUCCUAUGCAGUCUUAAGAAAUCCAUCAUGUGGAUAAACCCAGUGUUUUGCCAACUUGUCUAGAAAGUAAGGGCUUAGUUUAUAUAAAUAGCACUGUUGCCAUUAAACGUUUUAAAGUCCUUGAUUGGAAACCAGCUCCGGUGCCCUGAAAACCCCACAGCAUAUCCUGCCACUGGAAGUGUAAUAAUUCUUCCUCCUUUUUCGUUAGGCUGCUUUUUUAUUAUUACAAAUUGAUCUAAAUUUGUUAUUGUUUUUUUGGGUUGAGCAUUUACUUCUUUAUAUCUUUCUUCCCUCUCACAUUUAUUUUAACCCUUUUAGUAAUUUUUUUGGGUUAACUUGCAAGUUUAAAAAUGAUUAGGUACUAUUAAUACUGUUUUAAAAUAGAAAAUGUGCAUAUUUUUGUACGAUAAUCAAAUGUAGUAAAAUAUAGUUUUUUGUUUUAUUUUUGCUGAACAGUUGUUAUAUAAUGAUUAUUGUGCCACAGCUUUAUCGUGCAUAAUAUGAAAAACAACUAUUACAGCCUUGAGUCCUGGCCCCUGCAGAGCUGCCUGGCACCGCUCCUGGCACGGAGGACGUGUGGGGACAGAGUCCGAAUGUGGUUCUGGACGCGGACACAGAGCCUGUGCUGACAGAGGGCCACACAGGCGUCAGGCAGCUCCGGACUCGCUAGGAUCGGACUUAAAGGUGUACCACGUCUUACUGUUGUUUUGUGAUGGAAACCAAUUUUAAAACCAAAAAUUUCUAACUUUAUUUAAGAAAGUAUAUUAAUCUGUGCUAACAGAGGAUGAAAACUAUUCAACGCGUCCUUCAACAAAAUCUGCUUGCUGUAGCAGUAACCUCAAGCAGUUAAAACUUGAUUUUGAGAGAAAAUGAAAACCUUUGUGCCUAAAAUUGACUAUGACUUGGGUUAAAGUAGGAUAUGCAGAAAGGUGAGAGACCCUGCUUUUCAGCAGUGGUGAAUGUGAAGGAAGUGUUGAGUGCUAAUAAAAUUUCCACAGGAAUCGUUGCCUUCGUUGUCAAUACGAAUCCCCUGCAAGAACACAGAGCAUCAAGAAGCAAGGGUGUUUUCUUCAGCCGUGCUUAUGUAUCGUCCACCCG